GAAACACACGUGUCUUGGAUGAUCUAUUUAAACUUUUGUUAUACCAUUUGAAGGGGUGAUUUACGGGUCAGAUUCACGCUUCUCAAAAAUGGAGCCAAAGCACGGAGCUGGAGAUAAAGGCAUCAUUUCUGAGCUGCGAUCCAAACACUCCGCGAGACCGUGGAGUGAGACGCAGCAGCUCGUCCGUAGGUGCUUGCUGACCGCGGCACGCGCCCCUGAAACGGACAAAUCAAAAGCAGACUUCAGUUCCAGUCCACUGCUUAUUAGUUGUCUAUCAAAACUGCAUGAAGCAAUGAACGAAUGUUCGGCGAGCACCAUAAUAUCCAGAUUGGAGACAAUCGCCAUGCAGAGAGGGUUAGGGUCCCACCUGAGCCCUACUGAGUCAACGUGCUAUCUGACCUCAGACAUGUUCUAUGUAGAGGUUCUGCUCUCUGGAAAUGGGGUGCAGGAUGUCAAGUUGGCCCAGCAUGGAGAGGCCCCGGAGUCUUCUGAAACACUGCUUAAGCUUCUAAGGUUAAACAAGUAUGAAGAGUUUUCAACGAAGUUGGACUGCCUGAAUUCCUUCUACAGCAUACCUGGAGACAAUGAAAUUAAGAUUAAGAUCUAUAAUGCUCUUCAGUGCCUGGAGAAAGAUCUGCUAAAGAUAUCUAACUUGCCCAGAUCGUUGGAGGUCUGUGAUGUUCAUGUGGACACGGUUCUCAAUGGAAGAAUCGGCUAUAUUGUUCCCCGGAGAGAAGGAAACCCUGUGACUAUUGAAUACUAUCUGAGCCCAUAUGACAUUCUCAUGGAGACCAAAAAUGCAGAGCAGAUCACCAGUGGUCAUUUGGCCUUGGUUACGCCCGGGACUAUCGGCGGGACACAGAGGCUACCGACGUCAUCCCUGAUCCCACAACCUCCUCAGAUUGCCUCACAGGGGCUUCCAGUGUUUUCUCCCCUGGAGGAGAGCAACAGUGAUGAGCUUCCCUCCUGCUUCCUGCUCAGGCUCCGCCCUCCUCUGGCAAUGCUGUCCUCCAUUGUCCUCAAGGUUCAGAAAAUCACAGGACUAAUCCUCAGUGACCUGAAGUGGAUGCCCUACCCCCAGCUGCUGUUGGAGAACAUUCUGGAGGAAAAUGGCUGCAGUGGUUCUUGGGAAAAUGGGGAUGCUCACUUUGUGCUUCUUCCCAAGAACCAGACCUACAGUUUUGCAUUGUCAGAAGCCGUGGAGAAUCCCACUUCCCUGGAAGGAUCCUUCGUGCGUGAUGUUCCUUUCUCACACCCAGCCCACGUCCCGGCUUUGCUGGAGCUUCUGCGGCACCAGUCUGCCCUCAACACCCUACUGUUCAGCUGCAUCACAUGCUACAGGCCCUGUAAAGCCUCUGAAGCUGAUUUCCACUGUGAGGUAAUUCUAGAGAACGACUCCAGCCUCUCUCUGCACUUCUCCCAAGCCCACAGUGACAGUCUAACUGUGCUCGUGGUGAACGUAGAAGAUUCUCGGCAGAUUAGCUGUAGACUAUUUCCACGUGGCCUGACGGAUGCCCUCACUGAUGAUUACCUUUCUCGGGUCUUAAAAAGAUGUAUGUCUAUUCCUGUCACCAUGAGGGCACUCUACUGGAGAAUAAUGGCGAGUCUCACAGUGGAAACCUCACCUGAAACCUCCACAUUGAUUACAACCGAAAAUGAAUCUCUGGCUGCUUCCACUUCCUGCCCCGUGGCAGAGACAAAUGUUUCGCUUCCUGUUGAGGAGCCAGCAGAAAUUCCGAUGGAACCCUCUGCAGAGGUCUCCGGGAAUGAAAAGACCGCGAUUCUCGCCGCGUCAGUUGGCUCUUAUUAUGUAAUAUCUGCCACGUCACCACAAAAUGUCGACAGUCUCAAUACAGAAACCUCUGUGAAGCCUUACCCUGCCCAAUGUGAUGCGUUUCCUGGUCAGCACUGGUCAACCAAUGAACCGAUGACUAUCUAAGACAAAAAAUGCACGAGUAUUACUGGCAAAUUUGUCUCAUUGAUGGAGGAUAAGAAAUAUUUUAAAGGGUAGCUAUUAAAUAAAUGUUUCAGGUAUUUUCAUUCAGAA